AUGAGUGAGAACAAGAAUGUGCUUCUGCUUAUAGCGGACGACCUAGGCAAGCAAUUGAGCUGCUACGGUGCAAAGAGUAUCCUUACGCCCAAUAUCGAUCGACUUUCGGAACAGAGCACCCGCUUUGAUUAUGCAUUUGCAAGUACUGCCUCAUGUAGCGGAAGUCGUUCUGUUAUCUAUACUGGCCUCCAUACCCAUCAAAAUGGACAAUAUGGACUCGCAAGUCAUCGACAUCAUUUUGUAACCUUCGAUCACGUCGAAACGAUGCCACAUUUAUUGAAUCAAAGUGGUCACCAGACGGGUAUUCUGGGCAAAAUUCAUGUUGGACCAUCAAGCGUCUAUCCUUGGAAAGAGACAAAGGAAAGCGUCACUCGUGAUGUCGCAAUCAUUGCCGACCAAGCAAAGGCGUUCUUCCUGGACGUGAAGCAAAGUCAACAGCCUUUUAGUUUGACGAUUGGAUUUCAUGAUCCCCAUCGCGAUCAAACUCGGGGUGGGUUUGGAAACGAUACAGAAUACGACCCACGGAUUAGCAAAGGGAAGUACACUGCGGAGAAUGUCGAGGUUCCAACAUUUAUUACCGAUUCGCCCGGGGCUCGGCUUGAAUUGGCCGAGUACUACAACUCAAUCCACCGCCUCGAUCAAGGAGUGGGGAUGGUUUUGGAUGCACUGGAAGAGCAUGGACUAGCGAAUUCGACCCUGGUGAUUUUUGUGAGCGAUAACGGCCCCCCAUUCAUUAACUCCAAAACCACUCUGUUCGAUGCCGGAGUACGAUUGCCCUUGAUUAUAAGAAAUCCUCAAUCUUCACCGGCUGUCAGCACAAACAUGGUCUCAUAUGUUGACAUUCUUCCAACCAUCUUGGAUUAUGUCAAUCACCCAGGAGUGAAAGAUUCAGCAGGCAAGCGUAUCGGACGCUCCCUUCUUCCCGUACUUGGAACUGCAUCCAAGUUGCCAGGGUUUGAUCAAGUCUUUGGCUCCCAUACCUUCCAUGAGGUCACCAACUACUGGCCUACACGCUUUAUUCGCGACAGGCGAUACAAGUACCAUCGGAAUCUGGCGUGGCGCUUAGACUUCCCAUUCGCGGCCGACCUUUACGGGUCACUUUCAUGGGAGGAUGUUCGAAAUUCGACGGAAAAAGAGAUCAUGAUUGGCGGCCGACGGCUUAAAGACUAUUUCUUUCGCGCACCUGAAGAGUUAUACGACUUGAAAAAUGACCCAGAUGAGGUAGACAACUUGGUUAACAAACCAGAGUAUGAGGGGGUAUUGGAAGAUCUAAGGUCUAGAUUGGAGAAAUGGCAGCGUCGAACCGAGGACCCUUGGCUAUAUCGAGAUGGCGUGUCAUUAUGGUUCAUACGAAAUCAUAUUGUGAAUGGUUUGAAUGUGCCAGAUCGGCUGGAUUUUGAUGCAGAGAAGCCAGGUAAUAGACAGUCUGAAAGGGUGAAAGAGACUCGAUGGGGUGAAGAUGUCCCGGAGUGA